ACUCAUCCACCUUUGACGUUGUGACGGGCAGAACAAAUACAAAGCUGGAUAACCUUGACCCUGAGACCUUGUACGGGGUCAAGGUCACCACCUUUGUCAGGUCCGGAGCGAGCAAGCCUUCUGAGGAGGUCUUCUUCACCACACCCCCAGCUGCCCCUCCCAAGGUCACCCUGGGCGCUUCCAGUCACGUGACCCUGGGAGGUGACGCCAACAUGACGUGUCAGGCCAGGAGCAACGACAAGACGACCUUCACCUGGUACCUCAGGGCCGGCGCUAGCAAGGUCAAGGUCUCACAGCACUAUAUAACCGAAUUAGAAUUCGCUCAGAAGUAUGUCGUGACGUCACGCGAAACUGGCCCUGGGUUGGUGACGUCAUCGCUGUUGUUGCAAAAGGUCACCACCCAAGAGGAUGUGACCUUUGAGUGUGAGGCAAGGAACAGCGCAGGAGCUGACAGUAGACUACUUCCCAUGGUGGUUUACGGUAAAGUUGCCAAUAUACUGUCUGUAUAG